AUCCGCGGGGUCUUAAAAAGUAUUAAAAGUUGAUAAAUCAAUUGUGGGAAAAUUAAGGCCCUUAAAAAGUAUUAAAAAGUCUUAAUCGCAAUUUUGUCAGGUAUUAAAAAAUAUCCAUGAAUAUUUAUUUUUCCUCUCGACUACUCCAAACGUGUCGAGAGCGUGAUCGCCUCGCGGCCGCGCACGCACUGAUGCGACGUGACGUGACGUGACAGGGAAUUUUCUGGCGCUCAAACAGAAGACAUCGAAAAGCGACAUGGGGAAGUGCAAGUUCUCGGAGUCCUGGCUCGAGAUGCCCGAUUUCAAAGAAUGGAUCAAGCCGGUAGAAAACAACAAUCGAGAAGCCUAUUGUACAUUUUGUCUGAAAAAGAUAAGCGUUGCAUCGAUGGGCAUCAAUGCAGUCCGGUCCCAUAUGCAGGGUGCUAGCCACAAGACUGCGGUUAGCCGCAGGCAGCUGCAGCGGUCAAUGGCGUCUUUCUGUGGUCCGCCACCAGCACAACCACCAGGGAACGUGACGCCUGAGCUAGCUGCGACCUCAGCCUCGUCGUCUGCUGAUAUCAGGGAAGCUUUGGGCGGCACUCCAACGCUGCGCGCGGAGGCUAAUCUGGUGUCUCAAUACAGCGGUGAAUCACCACUCGUUGAACUCAAAUGAAGGAAUUUCCGACAUAUUCAGGUCGAUGUUUCCCGAUUCAGAUAUUGCUAAGACGUUCACCUGUGGAAAGGACAAAACAGGAUACGUCAUUAAAUUUGGAUUAGCACCGCACUUUAAGCAGCAGCUUAUUGAUAGCGUUAACAACGCUGGCCGAUUUGUUUUGAUGUUUGACGAGAGUCUGAAUCAGUCAACAAAAAAUAAGCAGCUGGAUGUCCAUGUGCGUUUUUGGGAGGAUGGCUCUGUCCAGUCCAGAUAUCUGGGCUCUCAAUUUUUGGGACAUGGAACAGCUCAGGACCUGUUGCAUCAUAUCAAAGUAAGUGUACAGUAUGCUAGUCUACUAGGCUAGCAUUUAUCUUUUCAUUUCUUUUAGUCUGUUUGUGUGUGAAUAAGUGUGGGUUAACAUUUAGCAAGUAUUGGUGGUGCAAUUUCAUAAAUUAAUUUACUGCCAUGUCAUUUCACAGGAAUGUGUUGCAAAACUGAAUGUGAGGCAGCUUGUCUCCAUCAGUAUGGAUGGCCCCAAUGUCAAUCUGAAGUUGGGAGACCUUCUUCAGAAGGAGCAUGCAGAGCUGUAUGGAGCUCAACUGGUGAAGACUGGAAGCUGUGGCCUUCACACCCUGCACAAUGCGGUGAAGGCAGGCUUCACUAUGUGGCAGCUGGACAAGCUCCUUCGUGCUCUCCACUUCCUCUUCCACAAUGUUCCAGCUCGGAGGGAGGACUUCACUGCCUUGACUGGGUCCACCGCCUUUCCGCUGCCGUUCUGUGGCCACAGAUGGGUGGAAAAUCUCCCUGUAGCUGAGAGGGCAACUCAAGUAUGGCCAAUGAUUUUGAAGUAUGUGGAUGCUGUGAAGCAAAAGAAGCUCCCCAACCCGGGCACUGCCUCCUAUGACACCAUUGAGAUGGCACAGGCUGAUCCCUUCAUUGGUGCCAAAUUGGAGUUCUUUCUGGCCAUAACCAGGACCUACAACCCCUUCCUGACAAAGUAUCAAACUGAUGAACCAGUUCUGCCCUUUUUGGCCAAAGAUUUGAGUGAGCUGAUAAAGAGUCUACUGAGGCGAUUUGUGAAGAGGGAGCUCCUGCAGGACCUCACUCCCCUGCAGCUGACGAAAGUAGAGGUGACCGAUGAGGCAAACUGGGUCUCUGUCACAAAUGUUGAUAUUGGCCUGGGUGCCGAAUCUGUCAUAAAGGCACUUCAGGGCAAGCCAGGAAACAGGAUAGGGGAGCUUUCUGUGCUCGUCUUCCGAAAAGAGUGUGUGCAGGGCCUGGUUACCAUCGUUAAGAAACUGCAAGAGAAAAGCCCUUUGAAGUUUCCAGUGGUCAGGGCCAUCGCAUGUUUGGAUCCAACAAACAUGCACAGGGAUCCAGAGUGGUGCCUCACAAAGAUGAAGACUUUAGUCCAGAAAUUCCUGCAGGACAGUCAGUUGACAGGAGGUGUCUCAGCUGGUGAUGUGAUCGUCCAGCAGUUUGAGAGCUUUCUCAGUGUUGAGGCGAGAGAUGAGCGUUUCCUCUCCUUUCAGCCACUGCAGCAGCGGGUUGAUGUGUUCCUGCACUCAGCUCUCCAGUCUUACCCCGAAGUGUCAAAAUUCUGUCAAGUCCUUCUGCUCCUGUCACAUGGGCAAGCCACAGUGGAGAGAGGAUUCUCAAUCAACAAGCAAGUUGAAACUUGCAACAUUCUUGAAGAUUCGAUUGAGGCUCUAAGGUUGAUAUGCGACAAGGUCAGUGCUUGUGGGGGUGUUUUGAAUGUUCCUCUGACCAAAGAGCUGCUGGCUUCAGUAGCUUCCGCCAGGUCAAGAUACAGACUACACCUUGAGCAACAACGUCUUAAAAAAGAAAACGCCACACAGUCACUGAAAAGAAAAGCAGCUGAAGAUGAAGUCGAAGAUCUGAAGAAAAAGAUCAAAAUCCUCCAUGAAGUGUGCAACACACUUCAAAUUGAUGCAGACCGUCUUGCUGAGCAGGCAGAAGGAAAAUCUGGGUCAUUAAUGGCCCAACUUAUCACCAAGUCCAACACCUUGCGACGAAGGCACAAAGAAAAGCUCAGAGAGCUGAUGGAUGCAGAGAAGCUGAUGGAAAGCAAAUCGCACAAUCUCAGGCACAUGUCUUAAAUUGUGAUCAUGAUGUAAUAAGUUAAAGUUGGCCUUAAAUAACUGUUGUAACUUAUCAUAGGCCUAAGCCAAACUGCAGUCUGCAAAUUGUUGAAGUCGUCGUAAUCUGCUUUGUCAUCCAUUUCAAUGUUCUUAAUUUCAUGUUUGCAAUUGUCCACAGAUCGAAUGUACUUUGAAAAUGCUGCACAAAAACAUGUAACUUGUUGUGACCUGAGGGGAAUGUCAAUAAACUUGCGUUUAGUGUAAUGUAUUCUUUUCGAGCUUUAUUCCUUCUCAGUUUACCUCAUUUCUGUUAAAUUGCAAAGUACAACUGUUAAAGAUGUGUUGCCAACUACAGCUUAAAGUGGCGAUGAGGUCUUAAAUUUUUUUUGAAAGGUUU